CAGAAUCAUCUCACCCCUUCAUCCCAGUCGAAGACAUUCUGUGCAGAGGUCUAACGCCACUAGCAAUCGUUAUGAUCAUCAGCGCCUGGAUAUUGUGUGCAUUAUUGCGCUCUAUGGUUCGGUCGAUAGCCACUGCUGAGCCGGUUCAAGUGAGCUGCGUUGUCACGGAUCUGCUUAUGUCGACGGUAUUGGCAAUUUCGACGUGCGUCAGUUUCCAUCUGUUGCUUGGUGGACGUGUCGAAGCUGUUGGAAUAUUACUUCGGCGAAAUGUUGAACGGCCUGUACAGGGAGGAUAUCGUCGAUUCAUCGACAGGUUCGGUCAUGGCUGUGUAAGCUAGGCUUUCGCAAGGUUGUUGUGUAUACUUUCUCCUUUUGUACAAGCAUUCUCAGUUCGUACGUCAUAGCGGGAAUAGUUCUCUUUCAUUGCGCUUGAACUAUCUUCAGCGAGCCGAUAAGAGCAUUCGAAACUGUA